AUGGCGGCGUUCUGUUGAGAGAUUUUGACGUUCAAACAACUCAUAAAUUGUCGACAACGGAAUCACAAUUUGAUUAGUUUUAAGGCUCUCAAAGCCUUUUAUUACAUAUAUAAUUUAUAGAUAAACUUUUUAGAGACUGAAAAUGAAGAUUACAGCCGAUUUGAUUCUUCAAUGCUCUCAGUACACGAAUGCCGUGAAAGACAGAGAGCUAGACUUGCGAGGUUACAAGAUUUCUGUUAUUGAGAACAUGGGCGCAACUCUGGACCAGUUUGAUACCAUAGAUCUAUCUGAUAAUGAUAUUCGUAAGAUAGAAGGUUUUCCUUUGCUGAAAAGAUUAAAAUGUUUGAUAUUCAACAACAAUAGAAUAUGUAUUGCUGCUAUUAAGGCGGCCAUUGCAAAUGCUACGUCACUUGAUGAAGUACAAAGAUUGGAAAUGCUACUMAAAGCAGGRCAAGUACCAGGAUCAGAACGACGAAACAAYAAYGACCAAGAAGAGAUGGAAAUUACUAAUGGCAAAUGAUCACCUAGUGCUAGUUUUGUAUUUUCUUGUAUAAAAAUUAUCAGCUCGCUGUAAACAGCAUUAUACAUGUACUCAAGAAUAUGUAAGUUCUAUCAAACAAAAAUAGGUUUUUAAAAGAAGUCGUUUCAGUAGCUGUAACCUCUACACACUAAGGAAAGUAUAAUGAURACAUUUUACAUGUAUUCUCCAUGGCUUCGUCUGAAAGGAAUGGAUAUUACAUACUGUACAUGCAAUUCCUGAAUGUAUAUCAACGAUUAGUACCGUAAUACAAUCGAUUUUACCACUCGAAAAACACCACUUUUCAUUCAACUGCGAAGCAAAAACAACCUCGUAUUACUUAAUAAAGAUCAACAUAAAAUAAC